CAUCGUCAAACCGCUCGGAGUUUUGCCAAGGGGAAGGCGGGACCCGAUUUUCGCUUCUUUUUUUCCCCCUUCCUCCCUCGAGUGGAAGGAAGGAAGUACAUGUGAAAAUGCCGGCUGGUACUUUGGAACGAACAACUUCAUCCGCGCCGAGUGGCAACUCCACUGUGGGAAAUACCAGCAGAAAGUCUUCCAAACCAAUUAUGGAAAAGCGGAGACGUGCGCGAAUCAACGAGAGUUUGGGCCACCUGAAGACACUCAUCUUGGAUGCGCUCAAGAAAGAUAGCUCCAGACACUCCAAACUGGAGAAGGCAGAUAUCCUUGAGAUGACUGUGAAGCACCUCAGGAACCUGCAACGACUUCAGAUGGCAGCUGCCGUGAGCACAGGUCCGUCCGUCCUGGGUAAAUACCGGGCCGGUUUCAGUGAGUGCGUCGGCGAGGUCAACCGUUACCUGUCCACGUGUGACGAGGUCAACGCCGAGGCGAGGACCCGCCUGCUCAGCCACCUGGCGACGCGCGUCUCCCAGAUGAACGCCGUCAAUUUCUACACGCCUCACUCCGGCCCGUUCAGACAAACCGGCAUUCCCGCUGCUCAGGUUCCUUGCAAAAGCGCCUCGCAGGUGCAACCCCCCGCAGACGCCAUGAAGCUCCGCAGCAGCUACCAGGUGGUGCCAACCCCUGAUGGACAUUUUGCCUUUCUUGUUCCCAGUGCAGCUCUCACACCUCUGGGUGCACAGAGCAGCCAUUACAUGUCUCCCGGUGCACCGCCACUCACCUCAGACUCUGUGUGGAGACCCUGGUAGGGUCGGAACAGAAACCUGGACUAUCACACAAUUUCACUUGAUUUUUAUACUUUUUGUAAAGAGAAUAAUGUUUACAUGUUUUUGGCUUCGUGAAGGAAAGUUUACAGACUUGAUGUGAUAUGAUCUAUUUUAGUGUUUCCCAACAUUUAUUGAGCCAAUUUUAUUAGAAAAAUCGAUCAGCACCAAUGAAAAAUGUCACAAAAAGUAUCCAUAUGCUUAAAUGAUGUUCUUGUCUCAAUUUACAAACAAAUGUACGUGUGAAAUCGGAGCCUGUUUAAUCGAACGCAAAGCUAUUAUUCUGUUGGUUGAAUGGCAAGUGGUUGAUUUUACAGGUUAGUUCCACCUUCUGCCAUCUAGUGGAAGAGCAUAUAAUGGUUCUGUCUGUCACUAUACAUUGCUGGCAUUGAUGCUAUGGAUGAGCAAAGAUACAUUAUUUGUUGUAAAUAAUAAUUUUCUGAGCAAUUAAGUGCAACGUGCACAGUGGUUGGGAAUCACCAAUCUAUAUUGUAUAC